AUGUACAGGCAGGUUUUAAUACAUCCGGAGGAUAGAAAUUUACAACUCAUCUUGUGGCGCGAUGACCAUUCCAAGCCUUUGAACGUGUACGUUCUCAAUACCGUAACUUAUGGCACUGCAUCGGCUCCAUAUCUUGCCAUUCGAAGUUUACAUUAUGCGGCAGAACGUUACCCUGAGGGUCAUGAAGUUGGCAAGGCAGUCAUUACUAACGAUUUCUAUGUAGACGAUAUGAUAACUGGCGCAAAUGACCUAGACUCAUUACAGAUUAUUAAAGGUGAGGUAACAGAUAUUUGGAAUCAUUCAAAGUUUUCACUCUCGAAAUGGCACAGUAAUUGCCCAGAACUUAAUUUGGUUAAUCAAGGCACUAAGGAGGUGCGCAUUGACAAUGACGUCACUACUACUUUGGGCAUCUCUUGGUACCCCUCAGAUAAUACAUUCCGAUUUGAAUUUCGUCCUUAUAAGUCGUUCUCAAAAAAUACUAAACGUUCUAUUUUGUCUGUAACAUCAACUUUAUUUGAUCCUAUGGGUCUUAUUAGCCCACUUAUUAUAAAGGCGAAAAUUCUACUGCAAAAACUAUGGCUCAUCAAAUGUGACUGGGAUGAAUCUGUUCCUCAAGAUGUUGACAUGGCUUGGAAUAAUAUUCUAGCUGAUUUUCAUAAUUUGCCAAAACUGAAAAUUGGUCGUUGUGUUCGAAUGCCGAAUUCAACAACAAUUGAGAUCCAUGGAUUCACCGAUGCAUCUAUUAAGGCUUAUGUCUUCUGUCUUUAUUUCGUUUGUAAGGACUCACACGACAAUGUUUCAGUAAAUCUGUUGGCAUCCAAAUCUCGCGUGGCUCCGAUUAAAACUAGUACAUUACCAAGAUUAGAGCUAUGUGGAGCCCAUUUACUUGCUAUAUUUUGGAACCAAAUCAAACAAUAUUUUAAAUAUACUAUAUCAAAGGUCUACUUCUGGUGUGACUCACAAGUCACCCUACAUUGGAUAAGAAGUCAUUCGUCGUUCUAUUUUGUCGGAAAUCGUGUAGCUGAAAUACAAGAUCUUUGUGCUGACAUUUCUUGGCGUUACGUUCCUACAGAUCAAAAUCCGGCAGAUUUAGUAUCCAGAGGCUGCACUGUAUCUGAAUUAUGUGACUCGAAUUGGAUCCAUGGUCCAACAUUUCUACGUAAACCUAAUUCUGAUUGGCCUGUUCAUCAAAACAUGAAUCUAAGCGAAGAAAUAAUGUUAUUGGAAAAAAGAAAAUCUGCACUCGUUACCAAUAUUCAAGAAAUGCCUUAUAUGCUAAAAGUAUUACAUAAAUUUAGUAACUAUUUGAAAUGCCUUAGGGUACUAUCAUAUGUUAUCCGACUUCAGUCAAAAUUAAGGCCCAAAUCAACAAAUACAUCUCCAGAUGAGUUCACUUACACACUCCACCGAAUUGUUUGGGUUCUACAACAAUCCUAUUUCCCUGAGGAAUUUCAUGAACUGGAGAAAUCUGGCGUUGUAACAGGAAAAUUUGCGUCUCUGGCUCUGUUUAUAGAAAAUGUUUCAGGAGUACCAUUGAUACGAGUCGGCGGCGUAAUUCGAAUCUACCAGAACAAAUAA